UUCCAGCACACCUCCUGCCCGCAAAAUGUUUUCUUUCACUUCGUUGCAUCUGCCUCGGCUGACGCGUCCCUCCUACGCGCCACCAUCUCCGCCUCCUUCCCCUACCUCAACUUCAAAAUCUACCGCUUCCAAGACUCGGCCGUGGCGGGGCUCAUCUCCACCUCCAUCCGCUCCGCUCUCGACUGCCCCCUCAACUACGCCCGUAGCUACCUGGCCGACCUCCUGCCCACGUGCGUCCGCCGUGUGGUUUAUCUCGACUCUGAUUUGGUCCUUGUCGACGACAUUGCGAAGCUCGCCGCCAUCCCGCUGGGCGCAGAGAAAGUCCUGGCGGCGCCGGAGUACUGCAAUGCCAAUUUCACCUCCUACUUCACCCCCACAUUCUGGUCGAAUCCUUCUCUCUCCCUGACCUUCGCGAACCGGAAAGCGUGCUACUUCAACACCGGAGUGAUGGUGAUCGAUCUGGAGCGAUGGCGGGCCGGCGAUUACACGACGAAGAUCGAGGAGUGGAUGGAGUUGCAGAAGCGAAUGAGGAUCUACGAAUUGGGGUCUUUGCCGCCAUUCUUGCUGGUUUUUGCCGGAAACAUAGCGGCUGUGGAUCACAGAUGGAAUCAGCACGGGCUCGGAGGAGACAACUUUCGCGGGCUUUGCCGUGAUUUGCAUCCAGGCCCAGUGAGCCUGCUCCACUGGAGCGGGAAAGGGAAGCCAUGGGCGAGGCUUGACGCAAGCAGGCCCUGCCCGUUGGAUGCGCUAUGGGCACCGUACGAUCUGUUGAAACCCCCGUAUUCGUUUGAUUCUUGAUGUGAAGGUCAAUCCAUGGCGGAUAUUCAUGGAAGUGUACAGGAAGAGAUCGAUCGAUGAGUACUGUAUCUAUAUGUGGGCGUACAAACCUAUAGAUACACAAUUACUUGCUGAAAUACAUACGUAUAUGAUCAAUUCAUGUCAGGGAGGGGAAUUUUCGUGUUUGUAAAUUUUGGCCGGGGCCCCUCCUCAUCACUGUAGCUAUAGUGAGCUUCUUCUGCAAUAUUCAUCAAUUCUGUAAUUUCUAAUAAUAAUUACAAUACCCAAAAAUAAUAUUAAUUUCUUGAAUAUA